CUCUCGCGAGAUACAGAAAGCUUCCUCCUGGUUGGAGAGCUGCUUCCUGUACCGGAUUUUUUUUUUUUUUUUUACUGCAAAAUUUCUAAAAGUGUUUUCACGGAAUUUUGAGCACGAGUCCCGCAUCGACAAGACAGCACCUGGGAUGAUCUAAUGCUGCAAUCCCCCGGUGAAAAAGAGGGAUCAGCUGUGCUAGGACAGAGGCCUAAAAGCUGUCAUCUGUCCGAGGACGCUUCCUAUAGGAGCCAGGGCCGCGCCGAGUCAGGCUCCAGUCUCUACUGGGAGAGCUUUGACAAAAAUAUCACAGCCAUGACUUCGUCUCGAACCUUGUUCCAGCUCACACACUAGACCAUUUUGCUGUCAAAGAGCUUUUCCGACCGACCAAUGCUUACCUGUCCGUGUGGGAGCAGCUUCUCUUGUCCUCUUGUCAUCCGCCUACUUGGCCGACUGUGACAGAACUCCGUGAGGCAUGACAGACUCGGAAAACUAAACCUUCUCAGCUACUAGUUUAUUAAUAUAUUGCGGCAUUUUAGGGGAAAUUGCACCGGUGGUAAUUCGUUGGAGGUGAAUUUCUUGGUGAAUAGAAUAAAAAAAAGAAAAGAAAAUAGUAGUGAGCCAUGGCCCCGAAGAAACCCCGACCAGUCCCACUGAACAUAACGCCUACAGGAGAGGGACAAGCGUCCACCAACGCUGAUGCUGCCUCAGAAGCUAACCUGGAAGCCUUGCAGAAGAAAUUAGGGGAGCUGGACCUGGAUGAGCAGCAGAGGAAGCGUCUCGAAGCCUUCCUCACCCAGAAGGCUCAAGUGGGUGAGCUGAAAGACGACGACUUUGAGCUCAUUUGUGAGCUGGGUGCCGGGAACGGAGGAGUAGUCCACAAAGUGCGCCACAAACCGUCCAGGCUGGUUAUGGCCAGGAAGCUUAUUCAUUUGGAAAUCAAACCAGCCAUCAGGAACCAGAUUAUUCGUGAGCUGCAGGUCCUGCAUGAGUGUAACUCGCCCUACAUAGUGGGCUUCUAUGGAGCUUUCUACAGUGAUGGAGAGAUCAGUAUCUGUAUGGAGCAUAUGGAUGGAGGCUCACUGGAUCAGGUACUAAAAGAAGCUAGAAGAAUUCCAGAGGAAAUCUUGGGCAAAGUUAGUAUUGCAGUACUUAGAGGCCUUGCCUAUCUACGCGAGAAGCACCAAAUUAUGCACCGAGACGUGAAGCCCUCCAACAUCCUGGUGAACUCGCGCGGUGAAAUCAAGCUGUGCGACUUUGGCGUGAGCGGCCAGCUCAUCGACUCCAUGGCCAAUUCCUUUGUGGGAACACGCUCGUACAUGUCGCCGGAGAGGCUCCAGGGCACUCACUAUUCAGUGCAGUCGGAUGUGUGGAGCAUGGGUCUGUCACUGGUAGAGCUGGCCAUUGGCCGCUACCCCAUCCCCCCACCUGACGCUAAGGAGUUGGAGGCCAUCUUUGGGCGACCCGUGCUGGAUGGAGCAGGGACAGAGGGGCACAGCACGUCCCCAAGACCCAGACCUCCAGGACGCCCCAUUAGUGGACAUGGAAUGGACAGCAGGCCGGCCAUGGCUAUAUUUGAGCUACUGGACUACAUUGUCAAUGAGCCCCCACCUAAGCUGCCACAUGGUGUAUUUACCUCAGACUUCCAGGACUUUGUGACAAAAUGCCUCAUGAAGAACCCUGCUGACAGAGCUGACCUGAAGAUGUUGAUGGGCCACACGUUUAUCAAGCGUGCAGAAGUGGAUGAAGUGGACUUUGCUGGUUGGUUGUGCAGAACCAUGAGUCUGAAUCAGCCAAGCACUCCCACUCGCAUCUCUGAAUGAACUUCAGUCCAGCCACAUACACCGUCCCCAUCACCCUCGCUGCUCUUUCCUCUUCUCCCCUCUGUUCUUUUUCCCUGCUUGCUAAAGCCUGGUCAGGCCAACUCACUUCUCCUUGUUCCUCCUCACUCUGUUGUUGCCACAGGGCUUUCUGCAGGUACUGGUUUAUGAGAGGUCGUGGUUUUCAUUGGUACAACUGUCCAUUUAAUUGAAUUUAGGUUCAUACAUGUCUUGCCUUGCAUUAACAGCAUAUUUAAGAUCUCGGAGCAGUAAUUCGGGAAUGUUUCAGGUAUGGCAUUACAGCACUGGGUGUAUACUGUAUAAUGCAUACUUUUUAUUCUGAUUUAUUUUUUUUCUUUUCAGGUGUCACAUUUGCACUCUGGUUUAAAUGCUACGCAGUGAUUGUGUAAUAGUCUUGCUGCAUAAAAACAGCAGUCUGGUCAAUUUUUUAUUUUAUUUUAUUUUAUUUUUUGUUGCAGAAUAUACAUUUCUAUUCUACUAUUUUGUGUUGAACAGUUUUAAACCAAAGAGGGCUACUGUAGAUCACACUGAUGAGGAUUUCUCUGGUCAUUUAUGGGCUGGAUACGAAACGUCUAAGAUAUUGCAAGACCAGGAUGUUUGGUAACAUUUCAGUCACUGAUUAUGUUAUAAUGUGCAGAUUUAAACAGCUUCCGGCAUAUUCUGGUUGUUUAUUUCAAGGAAAAUAGAAAUAUUUCCACUAUUAAACAAUAAAUACAUAUAUAUAUAUAUAUAUAUAUAUAUAUAUAUAUAUAUAUAUAUAUAUAUAUAACAAUUAUAAUAUAUAAACAAUAUAUAUAAAAUAUAUAACAAUAAUAUUCCAACAUAAAGAAAUACAGCCCAUCUGCAUUUUAACUCAAAAAGAUCGUCGUCUUUCUGUUAGCUUGUAAGAGUUAAUGUGUUAACAUCUCUUACUGCUGUUUCUGUAUUGUGCAGAAAGGCACUUUUACUUCUUGAAACAUUUUCUUAUUUCUUUCUGUAUCUGAUGCUUAGGUUUGCCGUUUGAACUUUCUGUUUAAUGCUGUAUUUUUUCUUUUUUUUUCUUUCCACCAUUGGGUAUUUUGGGGAAGAUAUUUUUUUAUGGCUUGAUGUUGCAUUUUUUGCCAACUACACAUGAAGUGUGAGAUCAUUUCUUUGCUCUAGAUGAACCGGGAUUGUACUCCACAUUACAGCUGACAAUCCUAUAGACUUUUACAUUAGAACGCACACAUCCUCAGCAAGCUCUGUUUAAUAUAAGUUAAUAAAUACUUUGCGUAGUACGCAUUUCACUCAAGUCGUGAUAAAUGUGACGUACUAUGCAAACAAAUGUAAAUGUUAAUAUAAGUGCACAGAGUUAGGCUGAUGUAAGGUAGGAGUGUAGGCCCACUGGUGGUUGAUGGGGCUUGGCUGUGUAUCUUUAUGUUCUUUUUAAGUUCUCCCAAACAAAAUGGGGCAAAGUUUAGGCAUAGAACAUGUUUCACAUUCAGUUGAAAAAAGACAAAAAGUCUUUGUGAUAUUUUUGUUAUGAUAUUUUUUUUUUUUGUGAAACUGAACAUCAUAAUGUUGGACCUGUAUUACGAUCAUACCUGGCAUUCACCUCCAACCAAAUUAAUGCAGAUGCACAUGUGUAUAAAAA